AUGGCGGAAGGUAGGAGGCAGAGAAAUGGGCCGAGGCCAUUCAAAAGCCUUGAUUCGUGGUUUACACAUGAAGAUUUUCUGAGAAUGAUUAAGGAGGAAUGGAGAGGCCUAGGUGAGGCACAAUUUACAAAUAAACUGAAGGCUAUGACAGGUCCUCUGGGAAGAUGGCAUAAAGAUAAAUUUGGGAACAUGGACAGAAAAAUCAUGAAAUUUGAGGAAGAGAUCAAGAAGAUUGACGACGCGGUGGGUGACGGUGUUCAUGAUGGAACAGUGGAGGCAAGAAGAAAGGCACUUGUGACUUGUUGUGAGAAAUGGUAUGUAAGGAAGGAGUUACAUUGGAAGCAGAUGUCGCGUUCUAGACAUGUGAAGGACAUUGAUAAGAACACGAGGUACUUCCACAACUUGGCCUCUGCGAGAAGGAGAAAGAAUAGGAUUGAUGUGCUACUCAUAAAUGGAAGGUUGAUAAGGAAUCAAACGAGGAUCAAGAUCGAGAUUAGAGACUUUUACAAGAAGUUGUAUCAUCAUGAAGAGUCUCCUUUGAUAGGUUUCAGGGACGGUUGGUGGAAAUGA